AUGCUGGAGACAAAUUCUCAGUAUACGGUGAUGGCUUGUGCGAGACGUGUCCUGGGAAGGAUGAAACUCCUUAUUCUCUGUAUAAUGAUCUACGGUUUGUCGGCGGAGAGCACAGAGGAAGUCUUGUCACUAGGCCGGUGGAAGGAGCAGAUUAUUGCGCCGGAGUUCCUAUUGAACAGUCGCGAGGAUAUCUCCGAGAGCAGUCGGGACGCAUUCCUCUUUGAGGACAAGCGUAACUUCCGUCCCGAGGGACUCGACGAGGUCAAACGAAUCACCAACACCGAGAAUGUCGGCAUCAGUCUGCAGCCACGUCUUGUAACAAGAUCUUUGCAAUGCACCUGUGAAACGCAAUACGAAAUAAGGGAUCUGGGCGAUGGACAUUAUCCGAGAUACCUGACAGCGUCGAGCUGCAUGCCGAAAGCCUGCCUGAACAAGUUCAAUUCCUGCCGACUGCUGCACUAUAUGGUUCACGUGUUGAGCCAACGCGGAUUGAGCGAGUUAAACGAUGACAGUUAUUCGCACGAUAGUGACCUUCAGGAAACACCACUUCCGGAAGCUCUCCGUCAUAAGUGGCAACUGAAGCCAAUGAAAAUUCCGGUUGCGUGUGUGUCGAUGACAGGAUAGAAGAAAUAAUAUAUGACCAACUCGGACGUGUCAACCGGAUAGAGAAGAUAGAAUUU